ACUUGAAAAAAAAAUUAUUGUGAAGCUACACACAUUGUUGUACCUGAAUAUUGCUCUAAAGAUUUCUUGGAAGAUUUUGAACUAAGUGGUCAUAUUAUCUAUCGCCUAUUUCAGAUUAGUGAUUUAUUAUUUUUAUUAGUUUCAUAGUUGUGAUGAAAAUGUCUAUAAUUUUUAUUACAUAAGAUUCCUUAUAUUAGUUUUUAUUGAAUAUCCAAUGCCACGAUGAAGAGCAUAAGCAUUUUGUCUAUUUGCAAAUGUCUAGCUAACUAAAGAAAUACAAUAACAAUGGCACAGGUCUGGUGCGGGUGAAGUGCGUUUCAGACAAUGAAUGUCAAGGCCUGGUCAGCGGUACUGGGUGUCUUCAUCGGGUGCUGCAGCAAUGUUAUAUUUCUGGAGCUUUUAGUCAAGUAUGACUCUGGUUCCGGCAAUCUUAUAACAUUUUCCCAGUUUAUUUUCAUUGCCAUUGAGGGCUUUAUAUUCACGUCUAAAUUUGGUUCAGUUAAACCCGUUAUUGGAUUUAAGGAUUAUGCAGUACUUGUCUUGAUGUUUUUUGUCACCAGCGUAUGCAAUAAUUAUGCCUUUGAUUUUAACAUACCAAUGCCUUUGCAUAUGAUAUUCCGAGCGGGAUCCCUGAUGGCCAAUAUGAUUAUGGGAAUAUUGAUUUUAAAAAAACAUUACGGAGUUUCAAAGUACGUGUCUGUGGUACUCAUCACAGUGGGAAUUAUAACAUGCACCAUGGUAUCAGCUUCCAAAGUGGAAGAUACAAGCAAUCCCAAACUAAGAAACGCCUCAGCGUCAAUGGACGAUGGUUAUUCGGUAGUGUUUUGGUGGUGUGUUGGAAUAUCCAUUUUAACCGUAGCCCUUUUGGUAUCAGCCUGUAUGGGUAUAUAUCAAGAAGUAUUAUACAAGAAAUUUGGAAAACGCUCAAGGGAAGCUUUAUAUUAUACACAUUUACUGCCUCUUCCCGGUUUCAUGCUAAUGGGAGCCAAUAUUUGGGAACAUCUUGUAAUUAGUGCAACCAGUGAGCCUCUUGUCUUCAUGGGCGUCAAUACCUAUUUGCCAGAACAAAUAAUCUAUCUUAUUUGUAAUAUGAUAACUCAAUACGUAUGCAUAAGUUCGGUGUAUGUCCUAACGGCCGAAUGCAGCUCAUUAACUGUUACUUUAGUUGUUACCUUGCGAAAAUUUGUAUCCCUGGUAUUUUCAAUUUUAUAUUUUAAAAAUGCAUUUACCGUCUAUCAUUGGAUAGGAACAAUUUUGGUAUUCACCGGAACUAUAAUAUUUACCGAAUCGUAUCCGAAAUCUCUUUUCAAAGCCAAAGACGAAAAAGAGUCUAAAAAGGUUAAAGCUUCGUAGAUAUAAGCUCUAAGUUAUAUUUCUGAAUGGGUUGUUACUAUUUUAUUGUACAUAAAUACGUGUUGGCAAGUUAGUCUAAGGUGAAACAACACUCACUCAUUUAGUUGAACAUGGUUGCUAUGCCAAAAGGCCUGUAAUUAUACAAAAAAUAAUUUAAAAAAAAUCCGGGUUGGAACCUUUUCAUAGAUAACUGAAAAACACUUUUUACGUUUUAUAUGUUACUGUUUAGCUAAUUUUUACUUCAUUACAACAUUUGUUAUUUUGUAAGACAAUAAACCAAAUCAAUUUGUAAA